UCAGCACAGCGUUGAUCGACACAAAAUUGGGGGGGAAUAAAAAAAAACAUCUCGUAUACGAUUUAAAGUAAAUACACUUUCCUACUUAAAUUCUGCCACACAGACACAAAUAUGGACCUGGAUGUCAUCCAGUAUUUGGCCAAGGCCAGGAAGAAACAAGACUCGGCAGCUUUGCAGUCAGCCUUCAAUGAAUUGGAAGAGAUGACAGAAGCUGAAGUCUCAGGAGGAACACUUAGUGUUGACCAACACAUGUACAUCUCCUGUGCAGAAGUUGCUCUGGAGCUGGGUUGUUUAGAGAUAACUGCGGCCUGUCUGAAGAAGUUCUUUGAUGGCAAUCCUCCAGCUGAUCAAUAUCUGUGUCGAGCCUUCCUAUGUCAGAGCCAGCUGAAGUGUCCCCCGCCCACAGGGAGCAUGGGAGACUUUAAAGAGAAUGUGCAGUAUUUUCUUAAAGCCAUUGACAUUUCAAAGCGAGAGAAAAGAUCGCACUACAUUGUGUUCAAUGCCUCAGUGAUAUACCUCCAGAUGGUGCGCCCUCUCCUGCAGCCAGGGCGGUGCUGCCACCUCAUAUCCUCCCUCAGGCAGGUGGUCAAAAGUCUGGAAUUGGUGGCAGACAAAGACCAUAGCUGGAGGGCUGAACUCAUGAUGCACCUUAUUGACUCUCUUUUGGAUGCUGGGAAAACUGAUGAUGCUGCAAGUUAUGCCAGAGUUACAGAGGAAUUCAUCAAAAAACACUGCCCACAUCUUUAUUCAAACGUUUUUCGUUUACAGGUGUGGCAUAACCUGUCAAAAAGGGAGGUCCUCCUUAAAAAAAGCCGUCAGUCUACUGCCUUAACUGUCAUUUACAAAAUGCUUCAAUUUAAAAGGGGGUUGGGAGAAAUAAAUGAGGAUGAACUUGCAAAAAAGGAUUUCAAUGAGCUUGAGGAGAUUUUUAGUCUCCUUGGAGAUUCCACAAAAGCUUCUCUUCGGACACCCAUCCCACCAUCUAACAGAGUGUCCUUCCUCCUGGAGCUGGCUUUGCUGGCCUUGCAAGGGAAGAAUCACAAAGUGGCUGCAAAAUGCUUAAAAAAGCUAAAGUCAGCAGGGGAGACUAGUAUCGGUGAACAAAUAAUAAUGGAGUGUGUCAACUGUGAAAUAAACCUCCGGAAGAAAGAGACCAAGACGAAUGACUAUUCCAAAUCCAGUGUGGAGGCCCGUCUGAAAGCAAUAGCAAAGCUAAAUCAGUGUCUGCAGGCUGCAGUCAGAGAAGGGGACCCUCAAGCCGUGCAGGCAGUGUGUGCGACACAGUGGAGCUUCUGUCUUCCACUGUUGCAACAUAAUCUCCGCAGACACAUUAAGACACCUCUGUCACGGGUGGCCCAAGCACUAGAGGACAUGCAAUGCAUGCUGUUCCCAGUUCGAUGUCAGGUCCAUGCAGAGCUUGCAGUGACUGAAGAGGAGGACGGACUCCUUGAGGCCUCGAUGACUCACCUCCAGAAAGCCAUGCUACUGGAUAAUGGCACAGAAAAAGAAAGAUUGUCGUCAGCUUUCCACCUCCUGCAGCUCAGAAGAAACCUUUAUCAAACACCCUCUCGGACCGAGGAUAAAGCUGCGAUGCUUAUGCAGCAGGUCAAGGAUAGGCAGCCUCAACAGAAUACAGAUUGCCGUCCCUUACUGCUGACUGUGGGUCAAAUAUUGGCCCCCGCUGAUUUCCAGAUGGUGCUGAAUGCAGACAACAUCUCGAAAAUCACCAAAGCCAGUGUUGGAUGUGGCCCAAUAGCUCAGCUCUCUGCUGAGGCUCAUAAUUACUAUGCAGCUGUGCAGAAGUUGGAUGGAUACCUGGAUCGGCAAGGAGAAAACGCUGACAACACAGAGAGGUUGAGGCUGUGGGCUGCACUUGCCAAGACCGCAAGAAAACAGGAAGUCUGGGAUGUGUGCAGAGUGGCUUGUCGAUUCUGUUUACUCUAUGAUGAAGCGAGAUCGAAGAUGUCAAAGUGUCACAAAUCAAAAUGCUCAGAGGAAGAGAGCUCUACCGAAAACCUUAACAGCUAUGAAGAAAACCAGCCCUGUGCGAAGAAGUUGCGCCUUUUAGCUGAAAUAUGCUUUAUCACCGCUGAGGCUACUGCCCAAAAGCUACAAAUGCAAGAUGUGCAGCUCAACAGCCCUGCAGUCCUCCCACAGGAUGUAGAUGUGUCUGAAGAUGAUCCACAUUGGAUUAUUUACAGAGACUGGAUCCAGGAUCUUUCUGCCUAUGCCACGUCCACUUUCCUCCGAGCAGCAGAGCUUGGCACACAGAUCAGGGAACCCUGGGUUGUGGCAAAUUCAGCCAUUUACUUAUGGAAUUACAACAGGCACUUGCUGAUUACUGGAGACUAUAACUGUCUCAUCCCCACCUUCCAAAGCCUGGUAGAGAUGUUCCAAAAGACAGAGUGCACUGGAAAUCAUGCUCUGUUGGUGCUCCUGUGUGAUGCUGUGGCUCGAGGUUUGUAUCAGCAUCUAGCUGUACCAGACAACAUGGAGCAAGCCUAUCAACAAGACAAGGGAAAAGUCAAAUCUGAGAAGGUAAACGGUGGCCAAGCUGCAGUGCUCGAGCCUGAUGCCCUUCUUAAGGUCCAGAAAGCUUUUGAGCUGUGUAACUACGCCCUUUCCAUAUCCAACUGCAACACCACAGGGGAGACAGUCCCCAUUGCUGUGCAGAAGCAAUUGGUGGCUACAUGGGUGCAGAUAAAGACCCUCCUACAGCAGCAGACUGGCUGCUCUACGGACACUGAUGAAAAGGGUCGCCUAUCCGAGCUGACUUCGGCCGAGCGGCGGGAUACACCCUGGACUGGUCGCCAGCCAAUCAAUGAAGAAAUCUCACCUAUGACUCGUGUGCUGAUUGCAGUGGAGAUGCUUCAGUCCUAUAAAAAUUCCAGUCACUUGGAGGGUUAUGAUCCCAGUCUCUCAACACUGGUGACCAUGGUGUCUAAUUGUAACUGGACUGAUGCUGUGGUGGAGUUGCAGACAUGGUGUCAGCUUGCUGCAUUCUGCCACCAUGCCAAGGAGUACAGUUUGGUCCUGAGCUGCACUGAGAGAGCGAUGCAGCUCGAGGAUGCAGCAUCAACGUGUCUCAACAUUACGCCUUGCCUUUUGUAUGGCUUACCAGCAGUGAACGAGAUGCUGAGCACUGCAGCCUGUUUGAGGGGUUUGAGCUCAAUACAUGAGUCCAUUGGAGAUGUACAUAUUUACAAGACAGCUAUGGACAUGCUUCUCUCGAGUGUCAGGUAUGCACAAAAGGCUGGUCAUCCAGAACUAUGUUUUACAGCUGCCAGGCAUUACUGGAACAAUUGCCUACCUCUGACAAAUUCACCCGAGGAAAGACACCAGCUCAAAGAGCCCUUGGAGGCUAUUCUCAAUGCCCUCCUCCACACUUAUCCCAAACAUACAAACAAACAGGACAAAGUGAAACAUUUGCAGAAAGGAGUUCCUCUUGGGAGUUCUAAACCCGAAGCACAAAAUGAAGAAGUCCUAACCCUGAGAUCAUCGCUGUACUGUCUGUUGCUUCAAAUAUACAUUGAUAGAACCGAUUGCAAUGGUGCAUUGCAGCUGUUGGAUAAUGCUGUUAGGGAUAUGCCUGGUACUAAACACCGACUACUUCUGCUGAAAUACCGCAUACAGAUGAAGGCUCGGCUGGGGGAAAGUGUAUUGAUGGACAUGCAGACAUUACAAGGCAAAGAAGAGCAGAACUGUUCGUUAAUGUGGCACAAGGCAGCACUGUGUUCUUGUAAUGUAACACAGCAGCUGACUUGCUAUCAGAAAUCAGUCACCUCUCUAAUGUCUGAAGAAAAUCAGUGGCAAAAAGUUGGCUUCCUGCUUGCUUUUGGAGCAUGGCUGUACUGUCACAACUUGUCUAUAGAGGAUGCACAACACCAGGUUCAGUGGGCUAUUGACAUUCUUCUACAUUUGGAAACAGAGCAGUCAGAAAAAUCAGAUGAAGAGUCUCAGAAGAUGGAUACGGGUUCAGUGAAAUGUGAAACGCUGGCUGUUGUUCAGGGACUGUCAUUUACACAUACUGUGUCCAGUCUGAGGGAGGUGCAACGCCUUGACAGUUUGGUACAAGCACACACUCUGCUUGCUGUCAUGGCAGACAGGAAUUCACCCGAGCACCAGUUUAACCUGCUCCGAGCAUAUGACUUUGUACUUCAAAUAUGGCAGGUGUCGACGGCAGUUGUUUCUCUGACUCCCAGUGAACAUGUCAAAAGCCAGUCUCCCACUCCUGCUGGGGCCAAAAAGGACAAGGGCAAAGGCAAAAAAGUGAAAGAUCCUAGCCCACCAGAGGUGAAUCCCAAACCUGUCUUGGAUCACACUCUUCCUUUGUCUUUGGAGUAUUGGGUUAAAUACACUUGCUCUGAGCAGGUCCGUUACACGUUCAAAACAAAUUGUAACCCGCAGUGCAUCAAUAUUCACAGCAUUACAAAUCCGACCCAGAGCUUGUUUUAUCUUGACCUUCUGGAAAAGGAGCUCCACUCCCUCUCACUGAGCCACCUGACCCUACCCAUUAUGCACCUAGCUGAGACAUUUGCUCAUGACCUUUUGGAUAGGAGGAGCCUUUCUGACCUAUAUCGACUCAGAAUAGUAAGGACCUGCUGUCAACUAGGCAUGGAGACUCAUUCCUCAUAUUAUGAGAGUCUCUUGAAUCUGACGAAAAUGCAAGAACAAGAACAAAUCAGGUGCCACGGAGCAAUCACUCUUUUACGAGAGAGAAGACGCCUCUACAAAUCGCAUAAUCAGAAAUCUGAUAUUGAGUCACAUUUACAGAGGAGAAAUUUGUUUUGGCUGAAUAUUUGGGUUGACAAAGCAGAGGUCUGCCUGGGAAUGGGACUGUACCAAGGAGCCAGGCAACUCCUGGCAGAAGCUCAGUUGGUUGCAUUAGAGUUUGAAGACCAGACUCUAAUGUCAAGAAUCUUGCUCAGUAUGGCUACUCUAGCUUGUGACGAACAGAACCACACACAGGCCCUGUACCUUCUGGACAAGGCUCAAGCCCUGGGUGGGGACGAGCACUUCUGGUACAAGUUUACCCUCACAAAGGUUGCCGCUGUGGUAGGCCAGAGACUCCAGGAUGCACAAGCCAAGAUUGAUCAGGUUAUCAAGCAAGGGUGUGAGGCUUUGACAGUGGUUCUGCAACAGCGGGUGAACCGAGUCUCAGAGAUCACAUUUUUAAUUGCAUCUUUAGAAAUGAGGGGUGCCAUUGAGUGUAUAUGUGCCAUUUCUGGCAGUGAGCCCGGAGUUGCACUCUCUACUACGGAACUCCAGAUGCAGAAAGCUGCCUGUGAUACACUCGGCCGGUGUGCAAGAGUUUUCACUCAACUCAACUACAGAGACCAUGCUGCAAAGAGCAAUGAAGCGUGCACAUAUGGUCUGAGAUUUCUGGCCAGCAAAGCUACAGACAAAAAGGAGAAGCAGCGCUUUCUGCUCGAUGGACUCUCUCACAUGCAGUUAGCAAUCUCAGAGCAAGAACAUGUGGUUUUGAUUGCUGAAAACCUGCUCCACCUGGAACAGGCGAGUUGUGGAGUACUAUUGUCACCCAAGUGGGCACUACUACGCCUGCGUCUCACCUUGGCAGACGUUUGCUUGGCAAUACUGGAGGAGCACUGUGAAGAAAUAGUAAACCGAGCCCUGGCCAAGGACAAGACGAUAGCUGAGAUAGCAAUUGAGGAUUUUAUGCGCAGCAUACCUGAAACCAACUCUAUUGAACAGGAGUGGAUGAAUGUGGGCAGCACAUUGGGCCAGUUGGCGUUAGGCCAGCUGGCUGCAGUGAACUCUUGUUCUCUGGACGACAUGGAAAUGAGAGCACAUUGCCUGAGUUUGAUGGGAAAGACCCUGAGACUGCUGGCUGUGCAGGAGGAUCCUGUUUAUAUGUCUUCUCUCUGGGACAGAGAGCUGAAGAAGGCAGGUCCAUGUGACCCAACUACCACGUCUACAGAAGAAGAGAAUUCUGGAAAAGAGAAGGACAGUGUUUUAAGCAGUAAAGAAUCCAAGAUGACAUCUGCCAAAAACACUGAGCCGCAGCAAAAAAAGCGUAAGGUUGAGCAGCUUUUGGCCCAAGCCAUCAAGGUACUCUCUGAAACUGUUAGCUUGUGUCUUCAGCACAAUUUGUCUGUCUCCAUCCUGAGUGACGCCUCUCUCAAUAUGCUUGAGUGUCUUGGCCAGUCAGACCAUGAAUUGGCAUGUCAGUAUCUCGCCUUGUUUCAGAGUGCUUGUACUGUUGAUGUAAUGGCUGAUGUUUUAAGUUUGGCCUGUGACGACACCAGUGUGUCCCAGCUCUCAGCGCUACUCAGCCUAUACAGAAAACUCCUUGCCUCUCAAGCUGGUAGGCCGACUAAAAUGGUGGAAGGAGUAAGACACUCCCUGAAUAGCAUUUCCAAGGCCUUUUCCCAACUGACCAUCAACCCCAACCACCUAAACCUUCUUGCAGAACUUUCAUCUGACCUGAAGAUCAUUUUACUUCAGCACUCAAAGGAUGGAUCAGAACUUUACGGAGCACUCUACAAGGUAGCUGAAUCGCAAGAAAAUCAGAAAGCGAAGACACCACAAGGUUCACUGGCAUGCUCUAAAGUGGCUAAGGUUUCUGUCUGCCCAACGGCUCUACUGGCUCUUCGAGAGCAGACACGGGCCUUUGACCAAAAGAUGAGACACGCACUCCUGAAGGAGGCCUGUUUGCAUGAGGGAAGAGAAGAAACCCCUGAAGAGCAUCACAUUUCUCAUCCUAGACAUGAUGAAGAAAAUGCUUUAACGCUUCACUUAAGAGAAAUUGUUCACCAAAUGGAAGAAUACCUGAAUCCACUCAUUUCUCAGUUUGACUUCACUUUCUUGAGUUCCCAACAGUCAUCGCAAGCACUUUCUCAAGAGUCCCAAACCAAAAGUGAAGAAAAGAAAAUAUCUUCCGGGGAAGAAGAUACACCACAACAAUCAGGGGAGUUUGUGGUGUUGCUGGCAGACUGGAAGUUGAUGGAGUUGCCAUUGGAGGCGUUGUCUGUGCUUGAAGGAGACAGACUGAACUCUGUAUCACGAGAUUUCUCUGUCCAGCUUCUCUGCAGUCGUAUACCAAGAGAACAGCCAAUAAAAGCAGUGGAAAAGGACCCCAAAGGAGGUAAAGGCACAAAGGGGAAAGCCAAUCAAAGCCAAGUCAUCAAAGUGAUACCUACCAGUCAUGUUCUGCCUGAACACACCGUCUCAGUGGACACACGGAAUUUCAAAUGCAUCUUCAAUGACAAAGAUAUUGUCAACACUUUCAGCAAUUUUGAAAGGACCACUCUUGUUGAGAGGAUGAAGAUGAACUGGGGAGCCUAUGGCCAGCACUUCAACCAUCUGUUGGCGGGUUUUGUGGGCAUCAAACAAACUCCCAGUUUGAGUCAGCUAGAGAAGGUGCUGUGCCAAUGCAGUGGAUUCAUGUACCUAGGAACGGAACGCUUCUUGGCUCCAAUCCCACCUGCCAAACUAGCAGCCCUCAAUCUGUCAGAAUGCCACAUGGCUCUUCUCUUUGACCUGGUCCAGAGUACCAAUGCUUUGCACUCAUCAAACCUUAACAUGCACAAAAGGGCAGGACAACGCACCCUUGAGAAGCCCUCAGAGGUCGCUCUGCUGUUGAGCAUGAAUGGUGUCAACUGUAUUGUCCUCAACCAGUGGCAUAGUAGCCUUCAACAGAACUCAGAAUACAUGACUAACUUUUUGGACAAUUUUCUGAGCGGCAGACAGACCUCCGGGCAGAUUGUUCACUUCCUCAGGCAAGAUGACGAGGCUACGGGAUCAAAUGAUCACAGUUCUAUCUCUGAUUCGGAAGAAGAGCUUCAGCACAAACCAGAUCUGACACCAUCAGCCUUCAACUGUGUUCUUUAUGGACUCCCUAUCAUGACUGGCACAUAAAGCAAUUGAAUUAACAAUUUUGUUGUGUAUAAGUUGGAUGACUUCUGGCACUCAGUCAGUGCAUUUCCAAAUACAUAUUAAUAAUAUUAUACCAACUUACUGUCUUUUAUUAGAAUGAAUGUUUUUUUCUGAACUAAAUUGGUUUUGUACCUCUUAAUCCUCUCUACUAAGGUGGCUUUGUGUUGUGCUGUCUGUUGUUUGUCUGACAGCAAAUUUUUCACAUUGGCCAUGCAGCCUGCAGAGUUCCUCACGAGUUGAAAUUGUAAAGCUGCAGUACUUGCUGUUGUACCUUUCUUGUACAGCGUUCAUGACAUUUACUAUUUCACGUAGAAGACAUGCUACCUAUGUAUUACUUUAAAAGUGAAUUACACUCCCUAACAGGUUUGGUGCCCAUGACCAUUAAAAAAAUGUACACAUUCAUCUGUACGCUUCAAAGAGGUAAGCCUAAAAUCUUUAUACAACUUGUCCUGAAAUAUGUUCUAUUGUAGAUCUGUUUUAUUGUGUCACUCAUAGUGUAACGUGUUAGUGUAGUAGGCCAC